UUUGGCGUGACCUUGAACUACGUAGCAACGAUUGACUAAAUUUGGCGUUAGAUAGCUCCUAGGAAUAUCCAGUAACUGGUUGCAAAAUGUUCUUAUCUGUAUAUCGACCUAUUCACAACUUGUUCAACAAGUACUGUUUGUGUUUGGCUAUCUAUAUGUGUGAACCUUGGGAAAAGAUUAUAUUGCAUUGUAUCACAUUAACAAUUUUCUGUGCUUUAACGUAUACCGCUGCAUUAUUUAUUCCUAAUCAACUGCUAAAUUUUGUUAGGUUUGUUUGGAAAUGUCUCACUGUGGAUCAGUAUGAACGUUUUAGACUAAUUUAAAGUCUAAACCACUUAUUCUGGUGUUUUUACCUCAAUUUUGUUGUUGUCGGUUAGAAUUCUUUAUAUUGUGAAUUUCAAAAUAUUGAAGAAUUACAUGUAAUGAUAAAUUUAAACACUAUGCAGUAUCGAUAUAAUUGGCUGAGUGUAUACUGGGUUGUGUUGUUGGUCUUCUAACUUCAAAUUCUUUUCUAAAUAGUGGGAUGAUUUACCUAUACUUACAUUUAUACAUAUCAAUCCUAUCAGGACCACAACUUUGUUAUUUUUGUAUAUUCUAAACAGUAAAACGUUUUUUACUUAACGAAGUGUGAUUUUAAAAAAAUUAUUCUAUUGUAGUUUUGUUUUCUUAUUUCAUACAAUAAAACCAAAUGCACUGC